GCGCUCUAGGCCGAGCGGGAGGUCGGGGCUGCGAGCGCUCGCUGGUGGCAGAUCUGGAGGCGGCUGCGGUGCGGGGGCUCCGUGGCUGGGAUCGAAUCCGAUCGGGAGCCAUGAGCGUGGACAAGGUCGAGCUGUGCGGGUCUCUGCUCACCUGGUUGCAAACGUUCCACGUCCCACCCCCCUGUACCAGUCCCCAAGACCUGAGCAGUGGCCUGGCCGUAGCCCAUGUUCUGAAUCAGAUAGACCCUUCCUGGUUCCACGAGGCUUGGCUGCAGGACAUUUCCGAUGACCCAGGUUCCAACUGGAGGUUGAAGGUCCGCAAACUGACGACCAUCCUACAGAGCCUGGUGCGCUACUCCCAGGAAGUCCUGGGCCAUCCUAUUUCUGAGCAACACUGGCCAGAUGUGAAGCUCAUUGGAGAGUUCUCAGACCCUGAGGAGCUGGGCAAGCUGCUUCAGCUGGUGCUGGGCUGUGCUGUCAGCUGCGAGAAAAAGCAGGAGCACAUUCAGAGGAUCAUGACGCUGGAGGAGUCUGUCCAGCAGGUGGUGAUGGAGGCCAUCCAGGAGUUCCUGACCAAGGACCCCCCUGAGGGCCUGUCCUCAGAAACAUACGGCAACUUCGAUAGCCAGUCCCGCAAGUACUACUUCCUGAGCGAGGAUGGAGAUGAAGGGGACGAGCUCCGGCAGCGCUGUCUGGACCUGGAGCGGCAGCUGGAGCUCCUGGCGGAAGAGAAGCAGAACCUGGCGCAGGAGAACGCGGUGCUGCGGGAGCGCUGGGGCCGGCCGCAGGGCGACGGGCCCGCGGGUCUCACGGCCAAGAAGCUGCUGCUCCUGCAGACGCAGAUGGAGCAGCUGCAGGAGGAGAACUUCCGGCUGGAGAACAGCCGCGAGGACGAGCAUGCGCGCUGCGCGGAGCUGCAGCGGGAGGUGGCGGAGCUGCAGCAGCGCAACCAGGCGCUCGCCAGUCUGGCCCACGAGGCACAGGCGCUGCAGGACGAGAUGGCCGAGCUCCGGCAGUCCUCGGAGCGUGCAGGGCAGCUGGAGGCCACACUGAGCAGUUGCCAGCGCCAGCUGGGAGAGCUAAGGGAGCUGCGGCGGCAGGUGCGGCAGCUGGAGGAGCGCAACUCAGACCACGCGGAUCGCACGCAGCAGCUGGAGGAAGAGUUGCGGCGGGCCAGCUCCCUGCGAGCCCAGCUGGAAGCUCAGCGGAGGCAGGUUCAGGAGCUGCAGAGUCAGCGACAGGAGGAGGCCAUGAAGGCCGAGAAAUGGCUGUUCGAGUGCCGAAAUCUAGAAGAAAAGUAUGAGUCGGUGACCAAGGAGAAGGAGCGGCUGAUGACAGAACGGGACUCACUGCGGGAGGCUAACGACGAGCUCCGCUGUGCUCAGUUGCAGAGCAGGGGACUGGCCCAGGCGGGACCUUCAUUGGAUUCCACCGUACCAGCCGCAGAAAAUUUGGCAGCCGAGAUUCUGCCUGCGGAGCUCAGGGAGACGCUGCAGCGGCUUCAGCUGGAGAACAAGCGGCUGUGCCAGCAGGAGGCGGCGGACCGAGAGCGGCAGGAGGAGCUACAGCGCCACCUGGAGGAGGCCAACCGCGCGCGCCACCGGCUGGAGAUACAGCACCGGCUGAACCAGCAGCAGCUGUCGGAGCUGCGGGCCCAGGUGGAGGAGCUGCAGAAGGCCCCACAGGAGCAGGGGGCCAAGCCCGAGGACCCCACCGUCCUGAAGAGGAAGCUAGACGAGCACCUGCAGCAACUACAUCAGGAGGAUGUGGAACUGCAGCAGAAGCGGGAGUACCUGGAGGAUCUGGAGACGCCCUCAGAUAGCAACAGCAGGCGCAUCGAGGAGCUCCAGCAAAGCCUUCGGAAGAAGGACGCUGACCUGCGCGCCAUGGAGGAGCGCUACCGCCGUUACGUGGACAAGGCGCGCACGGUCAUGCAGACAAUAGAACCCAAGCAGCAGGCCCCCCAGGGGACGUCCCGGGACCUCCACAGCUUGAGGACAGAGCUGCGUGAGCGGAUAGCCCGCAUCCAAAAUCUGGAGAUGAACUUUGAAAAGAGCCGGAGUCAGCGGGAGCAGGAGGAAAAACUGCUCAUCAGCGCCUGGUAUAACAUGGGCGUUGCACUGCAGCAGCGAGCAGGUGAGGCGCGUGCCCCUGCGCAUGCCCAGUCCUUCCUAGCGCAGCAGCGACUGGCCACCAACGCCCGCCGUGGACUCCUGGGACGCCAGGUGACCUUCAACACACGACCCCUGGAAAAACACUGAGGGGCCUCUGGAUCCUGCCAUCCUCCCGGCCAGUCAGGCCCGGAUCCACCCUGAGCCCCCCUCCCGAGCACCCAGAAUUCUUUUGGGGCUGGGAGGGGCUCCUGCCCCCAGCUGACGUGGUGACUUCUGACCCGAGUGCCGCUAGGUGGGACAAAGGGGGUCAGGGCCGGCUGGAGGUAGGUAUGACGGACUGGCCGGUCCCCGCAGCAAUGUGAUUUUGACGUGGUCGUGUCUAGAAGACUGUAAGGACUUUCCGCUGCCACAGCCGUGAGGGCGAGGAGGUGGCUUAGAGGCGCAGCCACUACUUGGAAA